AUGGUCAGUGAAGCUCGUGGGCCCAUCAAGGAGGUUGACACUUUGAGCACAUUGAAAGAUAGGGGAUUGAUUGGAAUUGACAUUGAGAUGAUAUCCCAAUCUGCCCGGGCGAUUAAGGUCCUAACUGCAGCCCAAUCAGCGGAGGCUAGUCGUCUGCUGUUAUUACCUGCGGUUCCAACGGAUCUGAACCUUGCAGGAGGGUAA